AAACCCCUCCUUUCUCUCUCUAGAAUCAUACCCAAUCAAUCAUUCAUAUAUGAAUAUAUUAUAUAUGAUAUACCCAUUCCCUUCCGAUUCUGCUUCAUCUCCCCAAAUCAUCGACUACGCACUAUCUUAAUCUUAUACCAAAUUGAAAUUUCUCAAAACCCCAUUAAAACCCUCAUUCCAAGACUCUGAAACCUCGUUCUUUUCGUCGAUUUUGAGCCAAUGGAGCAUCAAAGAAACGCACAGAUGAUGCAAAUCCCGAAGCACCAGCAGUAUCUCACAAAUGGGGUUCCGUUUCGAUCAUUGCCGCCGUCUUUUGUGUCCGACGCCCACCGUUUUUCGGCGUCUGAAGACCAAAAGAUGACUUUUAACCUACCUCCUUCGAUUGACGUCGAUCAGAGCUUAUCAAAUGUCUUUUCAUUGCUGAACCUUUCGCCGGCGAAGUACACCGACCGCCAUCCGUUCUUCUCGAGGUCUCUCGACGGUCAAAUCAGCUCUUCCGUUGGCGUCGGCGAGGGUUUUGUUCACCCCAUUGGUAGUCCUCGACUGAUGCAUUCCGAUGAGGGCUUUACCAAUCACUUUCCGGUGGAACCUCGUCAUCAUCAUCAACAGCAGCAGCAGCAGCGUUUCAACGAUGCGAAUGAUUUGCAGAGGCAUUGUUCUUCUGGAUUUGACUUUGACCAAAAGUCUCCCUUGGGCUCCAAGAAAUUCCUUUACUCAACUCAGCAACUCGAUUCCUUCCCCAAAUGUUCAUCAAACCAUGCUGCUGCCAAUUCCGAUAAACCAUUUCUUCCUGCCAAUGGCAAACUGAAAUUUCAGUGGUCAGAUGAACACCUUACUCCUUAUUAUAACAACAAUCAUCUUUAUAGGGUUCCGUUUCAAACCCAUCAGUUUCUGAGUUCUUCGUCGUCUUUGAAACAACUGAGAGGAAGGAUUUAUGCCCUGGCUAAGGAUCAAAAUGGUUGCAGAAUACUACAAGCCAUGUUCGAAACACCAACAACGGAAGAAGUGGAAAUGGUUUUCUCUGAGCUGGUCGACUCCAUUACUGAUCUAAUGAAAGAUCAAUUUGGGAAUUAUGUAGUCCAAAAACUCGUCACUCUGUGCAACAAUGAUCAGAAAAUGAAAAUACUUCUUUCACUAACCAAGAUCCCAACCAAUAUCAUCCUCGUCUGUAUGAAUCCACAUGGAACAAGAGCAGUGCAAAAAUUGCUGGAAAACUUGAAAGAUCCAUUUCAGGUUAAGCUAAUAAUGAACGCUCUACACCUUGGCGCCACCUUAUUGGCCAAUGACCCAAACGGUCAUCACGUCAUUCAGUUUUGCCUGAUUCAUUUCCAUAGCGAUAUUAUCAAGCCGAUUCUUACGGAGAUAGCAAAUGAGUGCUAUAAAGUAGCAACAGAUAGAAGUGGAUGCUGUGUGCUUCAAGCAUGUGUAGAACACUCUCGUGGAGAACUUAGAACACGAUUAGUCGCUGAGAUUAUGGCCAAUUCGGUUCAUCUGGCUGAAGAUCCUUUCGGGAAUUACGUUCUGCAACACAUGGUGGGACUGAACAUUCCGGUGUUCACUUCAAUGCUUGUGAGGCAACUUCAAGGGAAUUUCGCGUCACUUUCCUGCAAUAAAUACGGUAGCAAUGUUGUAGAGAAAUGUCUGAAUGAAUCUGGAGAAGAUGUAUCGACACAAAUCAUUCUGGAACUAAUCAGAAGCCCUAAUUCCUCUUUGCUACUAAUAGACCCCUAUGCCAAUUUCGUUAUCCAGUCUGCCCUAAAAGUUUCCAAGGGUUUCGCACAGGACUGUUUGCGUGGGCUAAUUUCGAAGAACAUGUCGUCAAUGAGGAGUAAUCUGUAUGGUAAAAAGAUAUUGGAAAAAUUGGAGAAGAAGAAGGUGAUGAAGAAAGGGUAAGUUAACUGGAUGGAUAGUUUGUUUGUGAUUAUUUGUUGUUAAUCCACGAAUUGUAGCCAAUUAAAUAUGUGUCUGUGUGAUGUUUCUUGAGUUGUUGUCUUCUAAAGUUAAUUUACAAGGUUAGGAAUUUAGGGCAUGAGAAGUUGGUGGACUAUGUUAAUUUUUGUAGCAAGUGUUCGAAUCUUGAAGGGUCAAAGUACAGUGUGUAACAAUGAAUUGAUGUUUGUAGGA